AUGGGGCCAGAGGGGAAGGAUUACGCGAUGAGCGUGUCGGUCGGCGUGAGCGCUACCGGCGGCACGGAGCCGAUGCCUGAUGCCGUUAAGCUCGAACCGACCGAGAACACUCCCCCCGCAGCCUCCCCCCGCCGCUCUGCCAUAAAGCGCGAGCCGCAUACGACGCCGCCCCGUGCCAGCCGCCCACGGCGUGCGCCCGAGCUCAUCUCGUGCCGCGAUCUCGGCAAGUACGUCGACGGUGUCGACUCUGAGGUCCUCCAGCGCGAGGCCGAGGCGGCGCGGUCCGAGCGGAAGAGCAAGACACAGGCCCUCUCUGCGAUGGCGCGCGGUGCCAUUGAUGGAGCCUCGGAUGCAUCGUCGACCGGCCCCUCUGCACAACGACAUGCAACACGCAAGGCAGCGCGCAUGCCCCGCCUCCCCCCACUCGUGUACGACUAUAUGAAUGCCGCCCAGGCGGACGGCGCUCCUGCGCCGAUUGCGACAUCUGCCACGACACCGCGGCACGUAUCGCGCACGCAGCCGCGCGUCUUUGGCCUGGAAGAAGCGCCGACGUUCUAUCCGACGUGGGAUGAGUUCCAGGACCCUCUCCAGUACAUCGAGUGGACCGCGAGCCCGAGUGGCGGGAACGGCGUCGAGUACGGUAUCGUCAAGAUCGUUCCCCCAGAGGGCUGGAAGAUGGACUUUGUCGCAGACGAGCAGACCUUUCGCUUCCGCACACGAGUCCAACGCCUCAACGAGCUAAGUGCCGAAGGGCGCGUCUCGCAAAACUACCGCGAGCAGCUCGAGCAGUUCCACGCACAGCAAGGGCACGGCAAGGUGAAUGUCCCUUUCCUCCACGGCCGCGCCCUCGACCUGCACGCACUCAAGCGCGCCGCACAGGCGGCGCACGCCGGAGCGGCGAGCAGCGGCCCCGAGUGGCCCGCCGUUGCGGAGGCGAUGGGGUAUGACGAGGCGCAUGCAGCCACGCUGAAGAACGUGUAUGCACGCCUCAUUGCGCCGUUCGAAGAGUACCUCGUGCACGCCAAAGGCCGGCGGCCCACCGCUCCUGUGCCCACAGCGCCUGUCGACGACACGGCGUGCGACGUGUGUCGCGUGUCGGACAACGAGGCGCGUGUGCAGUGCAGCGACUGUGAGAAGCAUUUCCACCUCGGGUGCCUCACGCCGCCGCUGGCGCACGCCCCUCGUGGCGACUGGGUGUGCUCCGCGUGCCUGGUUGGAACAGGUGGCGACUUUGGCUUUGACGAUGGCGAGACGCACUCGCUGCACAGCUUCUGGCAGCGGUGUGCCGCCUUCCAGCGUGCCUGGGCGGCGCGUGCGAGCAAGCACGGCGCGCCUGAGGAUGCGGAAAAGUGGGCGCGCCUUCCGACGCGCAGCAAUGCGGACGCGACGCUUCUCGAGGACGAAGACUUGAUCGAGGCCGAGUUCUGGCGGCUGGUGCACAGCACGCAGGAGCUGGUCGACGUCGAGUACGGCGCAGACGUGCACUCGUCUACGCACGGCAACGCGGCGCCGACGAUGGAGCGCCAGCCGCUGAACCCCUACGCACGCAGCGGCUGGAACCUGAACAAUUUGCCGAUCCUCCCCGCGUCCUUGCUGCGGUACAUCAAGUCCGAGAUUAGCGGAAUGACCGUGCCCUGGAUCUACCUCGGCAUGAUGUUUUCGGCAUUCUGCUGGCACAACGAGGACCACUAUACCUACUCGGUGAACUACCAGCACUGGGGCGCGACCAAGACCUGGUACGGCGUCCCAGGCGCGGACGCGGCCAAGUUUGAGGCAGCCAUGCAGCGCAUCGCGCCCCAGCUCUUUGAGGCGUGCCCGGACCUCUUGCUGCAGCUCGUGACGAUGAUGUCGCCGGAGCUGUCGCGUGCCGAAGGCGUGCGGACGUAUGCGUGCAACCAGCGCCCAAACGAGUUUGUAAUCACCUUUCCCAAGGCGUACCACUCCGGCUUUAAUCACGGCUUCAACCUGAACGAGGCCGUGAACUUUGCACUGCCCGACUGGGUAAUGGACGGACUCGCAUGUGCGCAGCGCUACCAGACCUUUGCGCGCCAGCCCGUCUUUUCGCACGACGAGCUGCUCGUGACCAUUGCGCUACACAACCAGCAGCUGAGCACGGCUGUGUGGCUCCAGAGCGCGUACCGCGACAUGGUCGACCGCGAGAUGCAGGCGCGCGCGGCGCUGCGUGCGCAAAACAUCGCCGAGGAGCUCGUGGAGCACGACCGGCCCGAGGCCGAGUACCAAUGCGCGCACUGCAAGACACUGUGCUACCUCGCCCAGGUCACGGCACGCGAUACAAAGGAAGUCGCAUGCCUCGCACAUCCAUCCGAGGUGUUUUCGUGCGACAAGGACCAGUGGACGCUCCGCCUGCGCUUCCCAGACAACUACCUCGAGACGCAGGCGACCAAACUCUCGGAGCGCGCGUCGAUUCCCCAGUCCUGGCAGGACCGCGUGCAGAAGCUGCUGAUCCAGCAUCCCCGCCCACCGCUGCGCACGCUGCGCACGCUGGUCCAGGAAGGCGAAAAGAUUGCGUUUCCCAUGCCGGAAAUGGCGCAGCUCCAGACGUUCCUCGAGCGUGCCACGCCGUGGGUCCAACGCGCGCAGGUCUUCUUGUCGCGCCGCCAGAAGCGCGGCGAAAACGCACCGAAGCGGAGAGGACGCGCGCGCGAGCCGUCGCCACCGCCUCCCGAGAGCACGCAGGACCGCUCGCCGGAAGCGCUGCUACGUCUCUGUGCCGAAGUGCCUUCGCUGCCGUUCGAGGCGCCCGAGUUUGCGAGCCUCGAAGGCGUGGUCGAGCAGAUGGCCGUCUUUACGCGCGACUCGGCGACGUUCCUUGCACUUGAUCCGCAGGCCUCGGAUGCGCACCAUCGCAUCGACGAUGCCGAGCGCGUGCUGGACCAAGGCGCACUCCUCCAGGUCGACGUGCCCGAAGUCGAGGCACUGCGGCGCUGGAUCGCGCAUGCCAAGUGGUUCUCGGAGCUCGACGACAUCGGCGAAAAGUUCCUGACGCUCGAGGAGGUCAACGAGCUGCUCACCGAGGCGGAGCAGGCCGGCAUCGAUGUGCGCCUGCCGCAAGUGCAAUCGCUCUUGCAGCGGCGCCAGCGCGGCGAGGAAUGGGGCGUCGCGGCCCUGGCGCUCCUGGAUGGCACGCACGUAUUUGAGCGCUCGGCCAUUGACGAGCUCCUCGACGUGCCGGCGAACGUGGCUACGUCGAGCGAAGUGCGUGGCCGUGCUACUGCACUGCAGCACAAGGCCGCACAGUGGCACGAAGUGGUUACGGAUAUCUAUAACCAUACGCACCCAUCGCCGCAGGUGCUGCAGACGACGACCGAGGAGCCCGCGCGCCUCUCCGAGGCCCGGCAGGUGCUCGCCGAUGCGGCCGAAGCACGGAUCGAGCUGCCAUUCGCCAAGGACCUCGCCGAGGGCAUCGCAUUGCACGACCGCUGGAACAAGGAGCUGGCGGGCAUCCUGCGCAAGGCACAUCCCAAGGCCAAGGGCGGCGAUCCCGUCGAAUUAGCACGCCGCUUCUGCGAGCAUACGAGAAAUGCAGCCGCAGCAAAUGCGCUGACGGAGUGGGAACAAUAUACCGCCUUUCAGAAGGAAAAGGUGCGCGCGGAGGAACAGCAGCGCACCGACGCAGUGGCAAACGGUGGGGCCAAGAUGGAGGAUGGAGACGCACCAGUGUCGCAAAAUGGCACGUCUGAGGCAGCUGUGCCGCCGACGGAGCAGCCGGCCGUGGCGCCAGAGCCGCAGGCUGUACAGCCCGAGUCGCAGCCUGCCCAGGCUGAGGUACACCCUGCUCAGCCUGCACCUGAGCCCGCGUCGCAGCCCUCGCAGCCCGCGUCGCAGCCUGUACAGCCGUCCGCGUCGCAGCCCGAGUCCUCGUCGGCUCCGGAGGCUGCUCCGCAGCUCGAGCCGCAGACUGCUCCGCAGCCCGAGCGCCAGCCCGGGCACCCACCCACUCAGCAGCCCGAGCCGCAGCCUUCCCAACCCGAGCCCAAGGCCGAGCCCGAGCCUGUCCCGUCCGAUCCGCAGCCUGCCGAGCCUGUUCUCCCCAACGGCACCCAUCAUACCACGACCGCUCCCUCGGGAUCUUCAGAGAGCGGCACCCCGGGUCUCGCUGAGCCAGCAACCACCAGCACACAGCCUGCCGCGGCGGACGAAACGCCUCCCGAGCCGCCCGCGCCCGCGCCCUGCAUCUGCUUUGAAAAGUCGCGUGAGCGUACCGUGACAUGCAAGACGUGCGAGAUGCCCUUCCAUCUCAAGUGCCUAGACCUGCGUCCCAAAGGCCUGGGCCGGCAGUGGCAGUGCCCCUUUUGCGAUACCAGCAAGCUGCUUCCCCUGUUGCAGACGCGCCAUGCCGUUUCGCAGCUUCCUCUGGUCGCUCUUCUGCAGAACGCGGCGUUCCAGCGCGAUAAGUUCCGCUUCCUGCCGUCCAACUACACGGCCCUCCAAGCGGCGAUCCGCGCUACUGUCGAGUUUGGUGUCGCAGUGACGAUGCGCUUCCGGCACGGGGCACUCCCCUCGGAGCUUGUGAAUGAGCCGCGCUCGGACAAGGUCGAGAUCACGCCGCUGAUCCGCGAAGUCACGCGGCGUGCAAUCGGGUGCCCAGUCGACGUGCUGCUCAUUGCCGACGCAACGCCGAAGCAGAAUGUGCCGUCGGUGCUCGAUGCGCUCAUCCCCGCCUUCCAUCUGCAGCGCGAGGUGAAAGAGGCGAAGCCCGAGGCGCCGAAAGCGCCCGAGGCCCCUCCAAAGGCGCCUGCGCGCCGUUCGAAGCGCGCGCGCCUCACCUUCCGCGAAGAAAAGCCACCGACGCCCCAAGGCGAUGUACCGGUGCACUGCUUCUGUGGGCAGCCGGAUACAGGGACGAUGGUGCAAUGCGACAAGUGCUCGCUGUGGUUCCACAAUGCUUGCAUGUACAUCGAUGACCCCGAGAGCCUGCAGGAGAAGUGGUUCUGCCCGGUGUGCUGCCUGCGACUGCGCCGGCGCUAUCCCCAUGCCGAGGUGCGCAUCCAGGACGCAACGCCGACCGCGCCGCAGCCGCCGGUCCCGCCCAACUUCUUCGUGGAUCUUCCGGCGAGUCUGCGCUCGGAAACCAAGCCGGUGAACCGCAUGCAGCACUGGACAAACGAGCGCCGGAUCGUCUUGCACCUCGUGCACUUUGAGCCCGCGGUGCUCGUCCAGUCGGAAAAGACCAGCGAGCCAGCGCAGGAGCCACCGGCGAAGCGCGUCAAGCUCUCGCCGGAGCACGACCGCCAUUUGCAAGGACGCAUCAACUUGCUGCGCCGCGGCGUAAGCGACGCGAUGAUGAACCGGUAUGCCAUGGGAUGGAAUGGCGAUGCGAUCGUGUGCCAGCUCUCGCCGGACCGCCAGGUGGUCCUGGGACCGACGAUCCGCUUGGCGCCGGACGACUUGGACGGCACGCGCCUCUUGCGCAUGGCGCUCGAAGCGGCGUGGCAGCGGCCCGAGGUCCGCGACGGGCCAUACCGUCCCGAAAGCGAGCCGCAACUCCCUAUGCGGCCGCAGGAGCGGUACGCGCCAGGCGUUCCGAUCGCGCGGCCGCCGAUGUCGUUCCCGAGCGAGCGGCCGACGUCGAUUCCCCCUGGCGAACGGCCAAUCUCGAUCCCCCCAGGCGAGCGGCCGAUGACUCUGCCCCCAGGCGAGAGGCCAAUGACCAUCCCGCCGGGCGAGCGGCCAAUGACUAUCCCUCCGGGCGAGCGGGCGGUUCCGCGGCCGAUGAACCUGCCGAUGCCCCCCGGCGAGCGACCGAUGGGGUUUGCGGGUGCGCCGCAUCUGCCGAUCGAUCGCCCGGGGUACGUCCGCGAUCCCGUGCGCAAUCCUCUGCUGCACGACGAAGUGCGUCGUUCGAGCCUAUCGCCACGCGAAGAGCUGCGCCGCCCGAUCCUCCCCCCCCCGGGUCCCAUGCCCGGUCUCGGGGGCGACGAUGCGCGGCGCGCCGCCCCCUUGCCUCUUCCUGCGCGUCUCCCGGAAGGCAUGCCCUUCCCUCGUCCGCCGCCGAGGUGGCAUCCAUAG